AUGAACCGCCUCCGAGUGGCGCCCGGUAAUGUCCGGAUUGCAGCGCAUCGUGGUCACAGCAUCGGGGCACCUGAGAAUACCUUGGCCGCCUUCCGCAGGGCCUUUGAGAUUGGUGGCAGAGGCGUCACUUGCGAGACGGAUCUGGCACUCACCAAAGAUGGCGAGCUGGUCUUGAUGCACGAUCCGACCGUGGAUCGAACCACGAAUGGCCACGGGCUCGUUCGGCAUAUGAAUCAUUCGGAAAUUUCCAAGCUCGAUGCCGGCGCCUGGUUCAGCCACGAAUAUGUUGGAGAACGCGUCCCAAGGCUGAAGGAUGCUAUCCUCCUGGCUCGCGAACUCGGUAUCCUUUAUCAGGUUGAGCUCAAGGUCUAUGAUCAAAAUGACACAAUAUUCCAGAAACUGAAGGAGCUCAUUGACGAACUACACUGCACCGAGCUUUUACAGUUCUCCUCGUUUGACUUUGCUCAAUUGAGGGAUCUCAAAGAGGCCAUUCCCGCCAUUCCCACGGUCGCACUGUCAUACUCGCGAUUCAUCGACCCCGCCUCCUUGGCACGACAAGCCAACGUUGACGCUGUCAAUAUCGAAAUGCAGCAUUUCCCCAGCGGCGAAGUUCACCAACUGCGAGAGAAAGGGUUUGCAGUUUUCCUCUUCAUUCCAAGGCAAGAGUCGCUCGCAAAGCUCAAGUCGUACGGGGUGGAUGUCGAAGCUCAGGUCAUUAGCUGGGUUCGGGAGGGCUUGUUGGACCAAAUCGUCAGCGAUGACGUUGCACAGACGACCAGGAUCAAAGCUCAGGCAGGGAAUUGA